GACUGUGCUAAUAGCGGACGAAAGAGCUAUUAGAUUACUGCAUGCCACAGUGAACCAUGAAUGUCAGUCAGCAUGACAGAUUACAUGCAUCGCCAGUUAAGCGCUGUUUUGACCGCUGAAGUCUUUGCGCCUUGAGUCAUUCGCUUCAGCUCGUGGACGAGAUGUUUAACUUCAGAAUAUUUAUCUUAUUCAACAGAAACUGCGCCCCCGUAUCGUUAAUGCCUGACAAGAAACCAUUGAGCGAGGGAUGCGGUAGUCGCAGCACUCGGCGGCAAACAUAUCGAGAAAUGCGAUGCGAAAACAGGCAACAAGCAACCACCUUUAGCUCUGUGUACUCCGCCUGCUGUUGCUGCUGCCGACGCCGUCCUCACUGCUGAAGCGGGAGUGCUGGCGCUGGCUUGUGGGUCGUCUGCUACUCCGACCCCUACUUCUGCUUCCCGUGGCCGUAUGGUGACCACAAUAUCGGGUCCCGAUAGCAGUCGGUGCCGUUGCUGCCGCCGAUAGAUGUCGUCGUUGUGGUGUGUGUCGUUGUUGUGAGUAGUGACACCGCGAGUGUUGUUGUUGCCAGCGCCGUUUUCAUCCCUGCGUGUGCCUGUUCUCUAUGAGUGCAGCGAGAUUACGUACCGGAAGCACGUCGACGAGUGUAUCACAUAGUGUAGUGAGUGGCGCGUGCCGGUCAGGAAAAGGCUCGUGAAGGAUCCGAUUUGACCCCCCCCCCCCGCUUUUCACAUCUUAGGGUCGUUCGCGUUCAUAGCCGAACGUCCCUCCCGGCGCCACCGCCGCUGCAGCAGCAGCCAGCACGAUGGCCGCUAACAUGUACCGGGUGGGAGAUUAUGUCUUCUUCGAGACGUCAUCAUCUGCUCCAUAUCAGAUUCGUAGAAUCGAGGAGCUCAUCAAGACCCCCAACGGAAAUGUUGAGGCCAAGGUUAUGUGUUUUUAUCGGCGGAGGGAUAUUUCAUCGAAUUUGAUUUCGUUAGCCGAUAAGCACCAAUCGGCCGUAGAAGAACAUGAGAAGACCAAAGAUAAUAACGGAGUAACUAAGGACGCCAAAGAGGCCACCAAUAAGGACAAAGAUAAGGAUAAAGAAGCAAGCGGUAGCCCAAAGAAUGUUCUAGCGUCAACCAAGGAAAGAGAAGUGACAGGGCCCAAAACGCUUGCUUCGCUAUCGGACAAGGAACGCCACCAACUUAAACAUCGAGAACUGUUUCUCUCGCGUCAAGUUGAAACGUUACCUGCAACUGCCAUUAGGGGAAAGUGUCACGUCACACUUCUGAAUGAGACAGAAACACUUAUUUCCUACCUGAAUAAGGACGAUGCGUUCUUCUAUUCGCUUGUCUAUGAUCCGGGCCAAAAAACGCUAUUGGCAGAUAAAGGUGAAAUUCGAGUUGGUUCCAAGUACCAGGCAGAAAUCCCAGCUUGGGUUCCUCCGGCUUCACGUCCUGCUACCCCGACACCUGUUGUACCACGGGAGACACUCGUAUUCUCCCCGAAUCAUCAGCUAGACGAUAAAACAAUCGAUCAGUUCCUUGUGAUCUGUCGUUCCGUAGGUACGUUUGCUCGCGCCCUAGAUUGUUCAAGCAGCGUGAAACAACCAAGUUUGCAUAUGAGCGCUGCAGCUGCUUCUCGAGAUGUAACGCUCUUCCACGCGAUGGACGCUCUACACCGGUACAACUAUGACGUGAGCAAGGCACUAUGUUCAUUGGUUCCACAGGGAGGCCCGGUACUUUGUCGGGACGAAAUGGAAGAGUGGUCCGCUUCUGAAGCCAAUCUCUUUGAGGAGGCUUUGGAGAAGUACGGCAAGGAUUUCAACGAUAUCCGGGCCGAUUUUCUGCCUUGGAAAAGUUUGAAGAGUAUCGUCGAGUAUUAUUAUAUGUGGAAGACAACGGAUCGGUAUGUGCAGCAGAAACGGGUUAAGGCUGUGGAAGCCGAAUUCAAACUGAAACAGGUGUACAUCCCAAAUUACAACAAGAACGAAGCAUCAAUAGGGGCGGUUGCCGUGGGUCGACCUUGCGAAAGCUGCUAUACUACUUCAUGCACCCAAUGGUUCUCGUGGGGUCUGGCGCAUAUGCAGUGCCGCCUAUGCGCGUCAUGUUGGCCGUACUGGAAAAAGUACGGUGGCCUGAAGUACCCGACACGAAUGGAGGCUGUGGGCUCCGUAGACUUGUCAGCCGCAGGUGCUGCAGCUGGAACGACGCACAACGGCAUUACGGGAGCGGCAGCGGUAGCGGUGGCAUCAGGUGCGACAGCGUCGCUUUCGGCUGUAUCCGUUCCGUCUGUGCCGCCAUCGGUGGCACGUCCACCCGUGCCUGCAUUGUCUGGCCUACCGGCACCUAAUCCGGGAGUUACCCCGCUUCCGGCAGCAGCCAACCUCGCCUUGGUUCAGCAGCUGGCUACAAUGAAGGAUGGGCCAUGUCGCUGUCCCAUGUGCGGCAAGGAUGUCAAGCAGAAAACGCAUCUUGUGCGACAUUGCAUUACCAACCAUGGACUAAAUAUGAGUUUACCUCCAGCGGCAGCUGGAGUAGCUGUGGCAGCUGCGGCAGCAGCAUCGACCCAAGGUGUGGGGGUUCCACUAUCGCUUAUGAGGUCUUCAUCACCUCGACCAAUCGUCAAGACUCGUGCUGCGUUUUACUUACAUACAACACCACAAACGAAACAGCUAAGACGUCAAUGCAAGAGCAUCAUUAAACCGAGACAUGCGGCUCGAAAUCCCUUCUCACCGGUCGACCUGACAGCGAUACGAGUCGAGAUGCAAACGAAACCACUGACUGGCGUCGUUCCGAAAAAAAUGAAGAACCGAGGUCGCGUCGUAGACAUUUCUCACCGACUGGGUACUCCGCCAACGCCUAAGCCUGACUUUCUAUUGGCAACACCCGUGGAAAAACGCCCAGCACCGCUUCCCGAAGCGUUUCCGCGUAAAGCCUCUUUGAAGCGCGCAGUUGUCCAGGAUGAAGCAAUCGCUGCUAAAAGAUUGGCACUGUUACAAGCUGAAGCGGCUAUUGGAUCAGUUGGUGGACAAGCAACACACUCCACUCCGCCUCCUUCAGUGGCCGCCCUCCUCGCAGGAUCCACAGCGCCGUCUUCCAGUAGUGGCACAGUAUCAACGCCGACUUCAGGAGCAGGGAAACCGACCCGUAAAAACAUGGGAACCUGGUGUCCGAUACAGGGUGACGCUCCGGAUGACCUGUUCUUCAAAGCUACUCCAGCUACAAAACGACUUCGCAAAUCGAGCCUAACAGUGCAGCAGAUACGGCGAUUUGCUCGGCGAGCAACCAAAUGCAUGUUCAACAUGAACAGACCUUAGUCUCAUUCAACAUCUUACUGAAGACCCUUGAUUUUUCCUCCGUAAUUGAUAUCUUAAUCUUUAGCUACAUUCGUUUCUUCUUUGUCGUUUCUUGAUGAGCUACGUGUGUGCGCAUUCUUUGUACUAGUACAUGUGGCCAGUCGAAAAAACCUUACUUUCUUCUUCAAGAGAACAACUCCAGAGUGAUGAAAACGUACUGUAGCAUAGUUAAUUUUUAGACCAAGCAUACGGUUCGUGACGAUGAUUCUAUGUGAAAUUAAAUUUAAUUUUUGCACGCACAUCCCCAUUUACUUUUGACGUCCGUAGGAGAGCAGUGGUACAAGCGGGGGGCUUUGCAGUCAGUUUUCAGCAAAUAGCAUAAGCAUUAUUAAAUAUCGGAUGACGAACGUCAUUGUACGAUAAGGUACGCAAAAUAUUUAUUGACACGUGACAGCAGGUGAACAAAGAUAUAAUUUUCUGACUAGUAGUACAGUAGUAAAUUUGCAAACCUAAGGUUUAGCAUUAACUAACUUUAGGAUUGCUUUGUAUGAAUGCUUGUAAAAUCCGAAGUUAGCAGGCCAAUGAGAUAAUUGUGGUGGCCAAUAAUAUUAAUUAUGAAUAACUGAUAUGACAGUAAUGAUAGUUUGAAGAGUUAGACAACAACCCUAAACACAUGGGUAGCAGAUCGUAACUUAUAUUAAAACAAGUUUCAAUGUAUCGUGUUUGCGUUCGACGAACGCAUGUGUAGAGAGAGAAAAAGCAGAGGCUGAUAUAAGGUAUACACACAUAUGAAAGGUUAAUUAAAAAGGUAUAUGGUGUAUACAAAUAUAAAUACAAGUAUACAUAAAGAAAUCUGUAGACUGUACCUAUUUAUGACAACGACAUGAUAUACAAUUAUAGAAAAGUAAAAGGUGCAGAAAAAGAUAGUGGUAAGUGUGAUUAUGCGUCAGACGUUGAAGCGGUGUCGUUCAAUUGUAGAAUAACUAAAAACUAUGAAUAUAUACAUACAUACACAUGGGUGAAGAAUAAAAUAAAAUCAUUCUACGAAAGUUAGAAGCGUUUUUUAUUGCUCCUGGAGCUGUCCUCAUAUGGCCCGGAGCAACGAUUGAAAGUGACUACCGUUAUUUUCCUCCCAAAAAGUAAACACUCUUCACAAAGACAGACCGACCGGAAUGAAUGAACUGUGUGGUAAUUUUCAGUUCAUAUUAAGGGGUGUUGCAUGUAUCAAAAGAGCGGGAGAUCUCAUAUAUCAUUAAAAAAAUGGGCCCCGUUCGAAUAUUGGCAAAGCUAAGGAAAUAAAACAUGAU